CCUUCAGCGGGGAAGAUGUCAGAUGAAGACGAUCUGGAAGACUUUGAGCCAGACCAGGAUGAUCUUGAAAAAGAGGAUGAUGAGAAGGAGACAGAGGAGGGGGAGGAGGACAGGAAAGAGAGGGAAGAGUUCUCUGAGGAAGUGAGAGCUUGGAAAGGGAGGGUUCCUAGAACUAAGGGAGAGAGAGGGCUGGAAAGGGAUGCCUGAUUCCACUUUCUCCUGCAGUGGUUACCCAACCCCCUCACAGAGGACAUGAUGAAGGAUGGGCUUUCUUUGCUUUGUAAGACAGGCAGUGGACUGGCUCACGCCUAUGUCAAGUUGGAGGUCAGAGAGAGACACCAGGUCCCUGCCACUGUUAAGAACCCAUCUGCCUGGACGGAGGGAUCUGACAGACAUCUACUUGCUGCGCUCCUACAUCCACCUGCGCUAUGUGGAUAUUUCUGAGAACCACCUGACAGACUUGUCCCCACUCAAUUACCUCACCCACCUGCUCUGGCUCAAGGCUGAGGGCAAUCGGCUGCGGAGUGCCCGGCUGGAUGAACUGCCCUACCUGCAGAUUGCCAGUUUUGCCUAUAACCAGAUCAUUGACACUGAGGGCAUCUCUCAUCCUCGUCUGAGCAGCCUGGAUCUCAAAGGGAACCACAUCCGCAUAGUGACAGGUCUGGACCCUCAAAAGCUGAACAACCUGCACACUCUGGAGCUUCGGGGGAACCAGCUGGAAAGCACCCUGGGAAUCAACCUCCCUAAGCUGAAGAACCUUUUCCUGGCCCAGAACAUGCUGAAGAAAGUGGAAGGCUUGGAGAACCUAAGUAAUCUUACCACCUUGCAUCUUCGAGACAACCACAUUGAAACUCUGAGUGGCUUCUCAGGGGAAAUGAAAUCGCUGCAGUACCUUAACCUGAGGGGAAACAUGGUGACCAGCCUGGGGGAGCUGGCCAAGCUGCGGGAUCUCCCCAAGCUGCGGGCACUGGUGCUGCUGGACAACCCAUGCACAGAUGAGAAUGACUACCGCCAGGAAGCCCUGGUGCAGAAUGCACACCUCGAACGGCUAGACAAGGACUUCUACGAGGAGGAGGAACGAGCUGAGGCUGAAGAGAUCCGUAAUAGGCUGAAGGAAGAGCAGGAGCAGGAGCCUGAGCCCGAGCCCGAGCCCAGGCACUACCAAGACCUGGACCAGACAUUGGCUUAGAGGCAGCUCUUCUAGCCUUUGAGGAUAGAGAUCAAAGACACAGGCCCCAAGACCUGGCACGACCCCUAGUGGGGGCCACCACCCUCACAACCUUCUUCAGGGACAGAGGACACCUUCUUUUGUCCCCGAGCUGGGAAUUCACCACAGCCUGUGGCCCAGGCUCUGUGACAGGCACCUGACAGUUGGGCAGCCUGUGGGGAGCCCCAGGCCUGAGCUCUGCUUGGAGCCUCCGGCCAGGGCCGCCCUGGGGCAGUCUGGUCGGGAGCCAGGCUCAGAUGGGCCAAGGGAAUGCUUGUAGGGUUGGCUGGGGAGAAGAGCAGCGAGGUCCGGGGAGUUCCGACCAGUUCGAUUUUCAAAUAAAGAGAUAUUUUGAUA